GCGCUGCUGCAAUUUGUAGGCAGGAUCCGAGACUCACUCUCUAUGGCCUCCCGGGCAGCUCCGGGCUCCCACGCCACCCGCUCCGCCGAGUGACCCGCCGGGCAGCACCCCGCCGAGCCCCGCGCCCCGCCGAGGAGCCGCCGCCGCCGAGCCGGGUCCCGCCAGGAGCCGCCGCCGCCGCCGCCGCGCAGGAUGGUCCGCACACUGUAUGCCAUUGGUGCUGUGUGUCUGCUGAUGGGAUUUCUGCUACCAACAGCAGAAGGGAGAAAGAGGAAUCGUGGAUCUCAAGGUGCUAUCCCUCCUCCUGACAAAGAUCAGCCCAAUGAUUCAGAGCAAAUGCAAACACAGCAGCAGUCAGGCUCUAGGCAUCGAGAACGGGGAAAAGGCACUUCAAUGCCUGCUGAGGAGGUGCUGGAGUCUAGUCAGGAGGCAUUGCACAUCACUGAGCGCAAAUACCUAAAGCGGGAUUGGUGUAAAACUCAACCGCUCAAACAAACUAUCCACGAAGAAGGCUGCAACAGUCGUACCAUUAUCAACAGGUUCUGCUACGGCCAGUGCAAUUCCUUCUACAUCCCCAGGCAUGUCCGUAAAGAAGAAGGCUCCUUCCAGUCUUGUUCCUUCUGCAAGCCCAAGAAGUUCACCACCAUGACUGUUACACUCAAUUGCCCUGAGCUUCAGCCCCCAAGAAAGAAGAAAAGGAUCACCCGGGUUAAGGAAUGCCGGUGUAUAUCUAUUGACUUGGACUAAACGGAGACAAACAUAGUGAUUGCACUCUGACUGUAUGCAGCCAUUGCCAGCAUGAGAGUGAGUGGCAUGAACUAGCAUACCUUGGGGGCUGGACAAAACUGAAAGGAACCUAGUGAAUUACCUAAAACAAGCACCACCCCCCCCACCCCCCCAACACCCCCCCACCCCCCCCCCCGGCCACCCAAGAAAAAAAUCGAUGUAAGGGAAGGCCACGCAUGUGUGUGUUUGUGUGCAAGGGAGAAAACAGAAGUGUACAAGCAAAUAUAUGAAUGUUCACUACGACAAAAAAAUUUAACAGGUAUGAAAUAAGAAAAAACUCUAUUUACCUGCAGUCAUGAAUUAGGUUUCCUAGUGCAUAUUCACAUUUUUGCUGCUUGCUGGGAAACUGGAGCUGUGGCUUUUGCUAAUGUUCACCUGCUAUGCUAUUAGCUUUUACUGUAUUAAGAGAAACAUCAAAGUGAGAGGACAAUAUAUUUGGAAGCAUGAAUGUAUUCUUAAAUAUGAAGUAGGCAAAAAGCAGUUUAAAGCAUAGCAAAACCAUCACUGAAAUAGCAGCUGUAUCAAGAGUUUGUAACAUGCUUCGUCAAAAAAACCCAACCAUAACUGCAAUCCAAAAGCCAUGUCUGGAGAAAAAUGCGGGGACAUGGGAGUGCUGAAAAGCCACUGUAGGUGGAUGGAAAGCAGAGCUACAGCGAGUUAGAAAGCAAAAGGCUAAAGUACGUAGAUGGAGAGUACAAAAGGAAGUAGAAAAAGGAAAGAUACAUAAAUAGGAAGACACAGAGGAAGAGAUACUGUCUUCUGUUUACGUUUUGCUUUAAUUUAUAUACCUAGUCAUAUAUUACAUAAAUUAAAGAGAAACUAUAUACAAGGCUAUAAAUAUACUUCUGAAUUCUAAUGGCUCUCUCAGUCAGUCAAAACCCAUACUUGUGCCACUAGAACAUUUCAUGUCUUGUAUUUCUGCUAUCAGUUAUUCUUCAUAUCCACAUAUAUAUGUAUAUGCAGUACCUUAUAGUCAUUGGUAUCUAUAUGUACAUACAAUGAGUAUGCAUACUUCAUUGUGUGUAUCUGAACUCUUUCCUCUUUUUCACACACAUACAUAAAAACCAUACAUAACCACAGCACAAAAAUCUUGCUAACCAAGAUCAAGUACAGAAUGGCAGUAAUUUAGUACAUAAAGAGCAAAGCAAAAAUUAAAACAAGCAUCAUGUGACUGCAAAUGCAAUAACCACACAAGAGACAAAAGACACGACAUUCAUGACUAGUAAACAUUGCAUUGUUAUUGUUAUUUUAGCUUUGCCACAGGCAUGCAGUUUGUUGAAAAAGAGAUGCAGAACUUUGCCAGCAAUAAUCCUCUUUUUAUAUCUUUUACCACAGACUUGCAUUUAAAAUGGAUUUGGACUAAGUAAAGAGAAUUUCCUGAAAAUUAAGGGCUAACUGCCCCUCUCAUCUGGGGGGAAAAAACAUAAAAGGGGACAUGCUACUUCCAGCAGGUCAAUGAAUCUCACCUGUGAGGUUAUCCUGCCUUCAGGAUUAGGAGCUUAAACUUGGUCAGGGCUGUAGGGUUUGGCAGGAGCACGAGAGGUCCUGCCAAGGAUUUGGUCUGUGGAGGGGGACCCUGGGCUGUGGGAGGCAGCCCUUCCAUGCGUGUAGCCCGUGCUUUCCUGGGUUCUGGAUGUUGUCUGGCUGGCAGCACCUUGUACCACAUGGUGUGCAGCCUGCUCGUGCCGGUGCUGAAGAGCUCACCAGGUGCUGCCGGACCUUCCCGCCUGUGCCUGCGGGACCCCAGCCCGCCCUGUUCGGGGGGGGGGGUGUGCCAAAGGAAAGGCGUGUUCCUGUGCCAGAGUCAGUACCGGGCCUGAAAGCAACCCUGACAUCACUGGUGUGAGUGAAAUGGGAGUUAGGUCUGCAUUAACUGUAUGAUGAGGCUUGGAUAGUCCAGGACUCAGUUUCCCCAUUCAGCAGCAAUACCCUCUAGUACCCGCUCUCGGUGUAACUGUUCUCUCUCACACCAGAUGCCUCUCUCAGCCACAAAGUGAUUAUCUUGACAGCACUUCUGCCCACUGAACGCCGAGGAAGACAAUUGUGCUCUUACUAACACAUCCAAAGAGAAAAAUAUACAGUGAGUGGCAUGUCACAGAUGCAUCCUGCGUGUCCUCAUUAUAGGAGAUGCCCCAGCUGUUGCACAAUGCACCACAUAGUUAUUGGUGAUAUCCUGCAUCUCUGCAAUUAAUAUAUUUUUGCUGUAAAAUCCACUGCUGUGAGGUCUGCAUUUGUAAGAUUAAGAGAUCGCAACUCGUUGGUUGAUAUUAUUAAAAUGCGUUUCAUCUGGUGUAGUCUGACUCAGCAGGUUUGACACAUUUCUUCAUGGAUUUUAAAAUCCAGUUUUAAAAUCUGGAAUUACAGGAGGUAGAUUUCCACUGUGUGGAACAUGAAUAGUUAAACAGAAAGAUAAGGAUAUUUAAUGUUAUUAUUAAUACAAAUACACUUUCACUGGUCAUAGGCAGGGGUUGUUUUCCUUUAAAUUACUUUUUUGAGUUGGUUUGCAGGGGAAAGGGCCAAUCUCAGCCAUUGCUGAAAGUUUUGUACUAGCUAGGGUUUCUGCUCAAGAAAUGGGAACACCUUAAGAAUGAUUUUUUUUUUCUUCAUGUGAAGUUGACAGCAAAACUCCCUUUGUUUUUUACAGCGACUGCUAUGUCCCUGAACCCUUAGCCAUUAAGCAAAGCUUCAGACAUUACUGACUGCUUUAUUUGAGAUUAGGCUAGCAUUCUGAAGGAAAAUUGAUAAAAGUUUUACAAAUCUUUAUGUUCCAAACCAGCCUGUGCACAGAUCAUGAUGGAACUCCCCUUGAGGCAGAUUCCCCCCCAAUAUGUAAAUUUUAUACAAAGAACUUUUAUGAAUUGCUAGUUAUUGCCUGAGAGUAAGAAAGUUCUGCUAACUUACAAUUAUACGAGAUAUUUAAUAUCAACCACAAUAUGUAUUUAAAUGUCUGCUUUAUUCUAAAAACAAUAGACUAUAUAACCUAAGGCUGCAGUAUUUUCAUGCUCGGUCUCACAAAGCAAAACUUGGUUUAAAAUGAAGUUUUAAUUAUUUUGUAGCUGAAUAGAAUUGGAGUUUCUUCUUCCCAGCAUUUUGUACGUCAUUUUAACUACUAGUAACAAAUAAAUAAAAUAUUUUCUCCA